AUGCCACAAGACCCAAACCUCUACGGCCAACGGCCAACCAAGAAACAACGGAAGGAGAUUCCUCUCUCCAGCUCCCUCGCCUUCACAUCUCAGCUCUCCUCGCUCCUCACCGCGCCUUCGUCCUCCACGAGCGCCCCUACAUCCUCCGCCUCCCACGGCCGAGCCCGACCCUCCAGGACGAAAGACGACCUCUUCUCCGUCAAGGCGAAACGGAAACCCGCGUCCACGGCCAAGAGCACCGACGACAAGCAUGGCCACCCCCGCGCAAAGCUACAGCUCAAGGAUCCCAGAGGCACAGAGGAAGACAAGCAGGACCUCGCCCGCACGAGGCGCAACAUGGAGGGCAAAGCCAGGCUCUACAACGCCAUGAAGAGGGGCGACUACAUCGCCAAGGACGGCGAGACCGGUCCCCUGGUCGACUUCGAUGCCAAGUGGGCGGCGACGCACCCCGGAGAGGAGCUAGAGGAAAACCGUCAUGAUUCAAGUUCGGGCGCCGACAACGACUCGGACGACGACGACGAAGAGGGCGCCAUGGGCAACGAGAUAAUCGAGUACCAGGACGAAUACGGGCGCACGCGCAGGGGCACGCGCGCCGAGGUCGCGAGGCAGCGCCGGCGCGACGCGAGGAGCGCCCUCGGCGCCGAGGAGCUGGACGCCAUGAGCGCCCGGCCCCGCGCCCCGGACAAUAUCAUCCGGGGCGACGUUAUACAGAGCCACGCCUUCAACCCCGAGGACGACACCUGGGACAAGAUGGAGCAGCUCGCUGGCCGGAGGGACAAGAGCCCCACGCCGCCCCCCGACACCCACUACGACGGCAACUGGGAGAUCCGCACCAAGGGCGUCGGCUUCUACCACUUCAGCAAGGAUAACAGCGAGCGGGACGAGGCCAUGCGGAAUCUGGUGAAGGAGAGGGAAAAUACCGAGCGGGUCCGGAAGGAGAGGGAGGCGGAGAGGGAGAGGAGAAAGAGAGAGAUCGAGGAGAGGAGGAAGAAGAUCGGGGAGAAGAGGUCCAAGAGGAUGGCCGAUGAAUUCUUGGACGGUCUGGGGGCAGAGUUGACUGCUGCCGGGAAGAAUGAGGGCAAAGAUGUCGCCGGAGGCGAGGCGAAAAACCCAGAAGCUUCGUCAUCAUGA